AUGCACCAUGAAUCAGCAACAUCAGAAACAAGCGAGAAGCCAGAGGUUAUUGGAUACUAUAAUUCUACUAAAGCAGGAGUGGAUGCUGUUGAUCAGAUGUGUCAUAGCUACAGUUGUUCGAGACGAACAAAAAGAUGGCCCUUGGCUAUUUUUUACAACAUGUUGGAUGUAGCAGGAAUAAAUUCUCACACGAUUCUCAAUAACAACAACAAUAGGAAUGGCAAAAACCAGGAAUCUCGAGCCGAAUUCCUAUACAAGUUGUCACUGGAUCUAAUGUUACCAUACAUAAAAGACAGACUCAAAAUUCCAAACUUACGGCACAAGAUUAGAGACAAAAUCCAAAGUGUGAUCAGUGAACACCGAAAGCUACACUCUGAUAAUCAAGGUACUCUGUCGGGUACCAGCAUUCGAAGAGUUGAUAAUACAGAGUCCUUGAGAGAUUUGUAG